CGGGGGUAGGCAGCUGGGGUGGGGGGGGGCGGCCCUGAAUAGGGGCUGUGGCGGUACGCGGGGACACGGCUGCGGCGGCUGCAGGACUGGCCAGAAACUGCUGAAGUUCCUGUGGGAUCAAGUAGAAUUUUAUAAGAACAUAAUGGAUGGAGAAGAGAAAACCUAUGGUGGCUGUGAAGGCCCUGAUGCUAUGUAUGUCAAGUUAAUAUCUUCUGAUGGCCAUGAAUUUAUUGUAAAAAGAGAACAUGCAUUAACAUCAGGAACAAUAAAGGCCAUGUUGAGUGGACCAGGUCAAUUUGCCGAAAAUGAAACCAAUGAGGUCAAUUUUAGAGAGAUCCCUUCGCACGUGCUCUCAAAAGUGUGCAUGUACUUUACCUACAAGGUCCGCUACACUAACAGCUCCACCGAGAUUCCUGAAUUCCCAAUUGCACCUGAAAUAGCCCUGGAACUUCUCAUGGCUGCGAACUUCCUAGAUUGUUAAAUAAAAUAAAUUAUAAUAAACUGUUAAUUUUUUCAGUAUUUAAUACCUGUAGUUCAGUUAGUAAUUUUUUCACAUAUAGCAUGUUGCCUGUAUGAACUCUAAAGUUAAUGCUGAGCAGAUCCUUUCUGUCAUUUGCAUAGCAGAAUUGAAAUUUGUUUGCUACAUCAACAAAUUAAGGACGUUACAAGCCAAGAAAUAAACAAAUAAUGCCAGUUUGUAGGUGGUUUGCUUUCUCCUUUGGAUGUGACCUUUAAAAUAAUAAGUAAUAUAGCAAAUCCUGGAAUGUACGCGUAAAUGAACAUAUUCUACAGGUAAAUACAGGGGCUAAGUAUUUUUAUGUUUUUAGUGUUUUUUUAAGAACCAGUUCUGAUCUUAACAGCCACUGGGUAUUACUAGAGUUAUGCAAAUAAUUACAUGUUUAUAACUUAGCCAAACCUUGAUUUUUGUAACUCAAACAAUAAGAGUUGAAAUUUCUUAUGUGUUUUUUGAUAAACUGCAGUAUUGUUUAAUUG